ACCCAGCUCACGUUCCCUUGAAAGGGUGAACAAUCCUACGCUUGGUGAAUUUUGCUUCACAAUGAUAGGAAGAGCCGACAUCGAAGGAUCAAAAAGCCACGUCGCUAUGAACGCUUGGCGGCCACAAGCCAGUUAUCCCUGUAGUGUCAAACGUGAGGUCGUACUGUACCGACACGUUGUGUUUGGGCUCCGAAAAAAGGACUUAAAAACAGUGCAAAAUCGUCGUUAAUCGACUUUAAUAGUGUGAAAAACGUGCUCAGGGCACCUGAUUUACCCUUUAAGAGCGUUAUCAAGUGUUUUUAAGGCAAAAAUUCAACAAAAAUCGUGCAUUUGUGUUUGUUGCCUAUGAACCCCCCACCAUGUGUUUGUGUGACAUGGUGUAAAAGCAGAAAAUCGAAAAAAGUGCCCAAAAAGUGCCAGAAUUGCACGAUUUUAGUGUAAACAGUGCAUCUGAGCACGAAAAAAGGUGUUAAGAAGUGAUCCGCGCAUGAAAAAACCACAAAAUUGUGAAAAAAAAGUUUUGCGUCAUCCAGCCCAUACUGGGCCAAGUAAUCGCCGGAUCUGUGUUUUCAGCGAUAUAAUUUGCCCAGAUUCUCGCCGGGUGUGGUUUUUAAGGCCAUCGGGUGGCCAAAGAACGUUCAUCCAGUGAAAACCGAUCGAAAAUCGGCCGUUUGUGACCGAAAAAAAGUGAAAUAAUAUUUAAUAUUAUUCGGUGAACAAAUUUACGAAAAUUCGGUUCCAGGUGAAAUUGGGUGAAAUUGGGUGGGUUGACUGUACGGCCCCUGAUGGCCCCUGAGUUAAGGUGCCGUUACACGAGUAACCAUAGUUUAGGUGACCAUCGACGUGCGGAAAAUUUUUGUGACAUCGGCCUAUUGCGAAUGCUCACCGUGUGUUUGUGUGACGUGGUGCAAAAGAAGAAAUUCGAAAAAAGUGCCCAAAAGGUGCCUGAGUUGCACUAUUUUAGUGUAAACAGUGCAUCUGAGCACGAAAAAAGGUGUUAAGAAGUGAUCCGCGCAUGAAAAAAACCACAAAAUUGUGAAAAUAGUUUUGCGUCAUCCAGCCCAUACUGGGCCAAGUAAUCGCCGGAUCUCUGUUUGCAGGGAUAUAAUUUGCCCAGAUUCUCGCCGGGUGUGGUUUUUAAGGCCAUCGGGUGGCCAAAGAACGUUCAUCCAGUGAAAACCGAUCGAAAAUCGGCCGUUUGUGACCGAAAAAAAGUGAAAUAAUAUUUAAUAUUAUUCGGUGAACAAAUUUACGAAAAUUCGGUUCCAGGUGAAAUUGGGUGGGUUGACUGUACGGCCCCUGACGGCCCCUGAGUUAGGCAUCGGUUGUCAAACGGCCUGACAGCUCGGACGGACCGAUCGUUAAGGUGCCGUUACACGAGUAACCAUAGUUUAGGUGACCAUCGACGGGCGGAAAAUGUUUGUGACAUCGGCCUAUUGCGAAUGCUCACCGUGUGUUUGUGUGACGUGGUGCUAAAGAAGAAAUUCGAAAAGUGCCCAAAAUGUGCCUGAGUUGCACUAUUUUAGUGUAAACAGUGCAUCUGAGCACGAAAAAAGGCAGAGUGCGUCGGGCUGCCAUCAAACCCUCAAGUAGGUGCGCGUUUGUGAAAGCGGCCCUGAAAUCUUUCAGGGAGGGUGAAAUAUUUCACUUUUGAAAUAUUUCAAAAUUUGAAAUUUUUCAACAUUUCAAAAAUCCGUUCUCCAUCGGUUUUCUUGACGAACCUAAAACCGGGGGUCGGUUUCUGACGCCUCGUUGGCGAGAGUGCGGGCGUUAGGCAUAGUGCGUCGGGCUGCCAACAAACCCUCAAGUAGGUGCGCGCAACGUUGAAACCAACAUGUCGGGGCUGGGCGGUGAUGCCCAUCCCCAAGGGAGCUCGGGACGAGUACUUCGCCCGAGGGCUCGAUCGGUGUCCCUCAACCGGGUCGACGCAUUAAAAGUGUCUGACUCAACACCGGUGGAGCCACCACCCACCGCAGGCAUCGUCUACUUGAGUGAUGAUGAAGAAGAAGAAUUGAACUGCACGAUCCUCGCGGGCCCGUCGGGAUUAGCAGUUCCACCAAUGGGGAAGGUGCCAUUGGUAGUGCUGGACAAGUUGCCCAGCCAGAGUCAACAGCGCGAGGAGAUGACGGUACCGGCCACCUCAACACCAAAGGCUGGUAAGUGUUCUUCUGCUGAACCAUCUCUCUCAGAGAUGAACGAGAGCUUGAAGCUCCUGGCCAUGCAGGUUGCUCAGCUCUCAAAGGAGCUUAGCCUCUGCCGUAAGGAGCUCCAGGAAAGUUUGAUGAAAAAUGCGGCGCUUGAACGGGAGCUCGAAACGUACAGGAUGGGCGCCCGUUCGGUCAUCGAGCUGCAGCAGCAAGCAGCAGCAGCCCCAAUGAUGACAGCCCAGGGAGCCCACAGCUCUAGCAACCGUCGCGGUCGCCAAGGACCACAGCAGCAGGAGCAGCGGCAGCAGCAGCAACAGCAUCAGCAGCGGGAACAGCAGCAGCAGCAGCAGCAGCAGCAGCAGCAGCAGCAGCAGCAACAACAACAGCAGCAGCGGAACCAGCAGCGUGAAUGGCAGCAGCAGCAGCAGCAGCAGCAGCAUCAACAGCGAGAACAGCAGCAGCAGCAACGGGUGCAGCAACAGAAUCAGCAGCACCUACGUCAGCAGCAGCAGCAGCAGCAGCAGCGGCAACAGCAACAGCAGCAGGAGCAGCAAGAAUUAUGGACGACGGUAGUGCGCCGCCGUCAAAAUACACAGCAGCAGCAGCAGUCUAACCAACCGCAGCAACAACAACAGCAGACUGGGCGGUAUCAGCCGCCGCAAAUGAGGCAGCAGCUACAGCAGCAACAGCAGCAACGACAGCCACAGCGAUAUGUGGUCGCAGGCUCGUCGCAACAGCAGCAGCAGCAGCAUCAACAGCAGCAGCAGAAGCGUAAGCGUCCUAAGCCCGAACUGAUAGAGAUCUCUCCUGGUCAGAACAGACUUUCGAGGAGCGUCUCCUUGAAAAUCC